UCGCGGGAGGGGGGGUCUCUGUAGGGGGAGGGGGGGAAGAUGUGCCAGGGUCAGAAGCGCCGCGCCCCCCUUCCCCGCCCCUCCAUAUAGAAGGGGGACAAUCUCCCUCCUGGUCCCACUGCUAAGAGGGCUGGACUGGGAGGGAGAGCGCCUUCCCCCCCCCUCCCGCACGCACACCCUUGGCCGAAGCCAAAGAAGAUCUAUGCAGUGAGCAAAGUUCGGGUCCGAACCGAAACUAGGCAUCUCAUCUCCCUCCCCCCCAUCUCCCCUGCCACCCCCCUCCUCCUUUUAAGCCGGCGUCCGAUCCGAGAGCGCACCCAAGAGGCCUUAUGCAAAGUGGGGAAGUCGCACAUGGGCCAGUGUACCGUGGUAGCCAAGUAAAGCUUUGAUUGAAGAUGAAAAGGUGCUUCGAAGGUGUCGGGCUGCGGUGCCUUCUCAAGAAUGGGAACGUGGCGGCCGCGCAGCCCCCCAAAUACCUCCUCAUCUUUGACUUUGACGAGACGAUCGUCAACGAGAACAGCGAUGACUCCGUCCUUCGGGCCCUUCCUGGAAAGCAGCUUCCAGAGUCGAUCCGUAAAACCUACCGGGAGGGUUUCUACAACGAGUACAUGCAGCGGGUUUUCAAGUACAUGGGAGACCAAGGUGUGAAGAUGGCAGACUUCAAAGCCGUCUACGAAAGCAUCCCCCUAACUCCUGGCAUGCGUGACCUCUUCCAGUUCCUUACCAAACAGCAGGGCCACUUUGAGAUCAUCCUGAUAUCUGAUGCCAACACGUUUGGGAUCGAGUGCUCCUUGAAGGCCGCCGGCGUCUAUCCCCUCUUCCGCAAAAUCUUCAGCAACCCGUCCAGCUUUGACAAAAGGGGGUACUUCAUCUUACGCCCUUACCAUUCGCACAACUGCCCGAGAUGCCCAGCUAACAUGUGUAAGCGCAAGAUCCUGACAGAAUACCUGGCCGAGAGGGCACAGGAGGGGGCCAGGUUUGAGAGAUUGUUCUACGUGGGCGAUGGAGCCAAUGACUUCUGCCCAUCGUUGGCUAUGAAGUCCACCGAUGUGGCGUUCCCGAGAAGAGGCUACCCGAUGCACCGGCUGAUUUUGGAGAUGGAGAAGAGCCAACCUGGGAAAUACCAGGCUGCAGUAGUCCCUUGGGAUUCAGCUUUAGAAAUCUGCACCUGCUUACAAGAAGCCCUCAAGAAGAAAUGCUGAGGACCUGCUAGUGGAGGAAGCAACCGAGCAGCUCUCCAACCACCCUAUAAGCAGCAUACCUCUCUUGUGCUUGGUGUCAAAGCUGGGCUUUCUCCCUUUUGUCACUCAAAGCCUCCAUCUCCGGAUCUUCCCUUCCUUUGAUCUUGGGAUGAGGGUUCUCUAUGCAGUUAGGAAAUCCAUUCCAAGAAGGGUGGGUGGACGAUUGGCCGUUUAGCUUUGUAUCUGUCUUAUUGCAGACUUUUGGCUUCUGAGUCCCUUGAGCUCACUCUCUCUCAAGCACAUUCUCAGAAGCAUUUGGGAACCGGGGGACAUUUCUGUUGCCACCAAAGCACUUCGGCCAGGCAGGGGUUAAACGUUAGAGUCAACUUUCCCCUUCCCUCCUUUGCAUUUGUGGGUCUUGCUCCGUCCCAUAAGUGGACACCAUUUUUUGUUACUGCUCUGAGCAGGAGGAGGUUGUGAACCUCUGGAGAAGAAAACGUGGCCCGCUUUAGCACAGCUGCUUGGGGCUGGGCCCGAUCACCUGUUCAGUUGGAAUACCCAUUCCUUGCAGCUUGUAAGGCUCACCUUAUUGAGGAGAUGAACUGCCCACGCCAACUUGGCUGGAAGAGAAAACACAUCUGCCGGAGUGGGUGGGGGGGCACUAUCUUGCAGGGUGUGCUGCUGAUAGUCAGCAAAAAACCCCAAAUCAAAUACUUUACAGGGGGUGGUUUUAGCAGGAAGAGGUACACAGGCUAGAAGGGUGUAAUUCAAGAUGCCACGUAGAAGUCGAUGGCACAGAAAACCCACCAGCAAGGCCAGCUUUGCUACCCCACUUCUGUUAAGAGUGCAUCUGAAUGACACCUCUGAUGUCAUUGAUUCCCUGGUCCUGAUCCUCCCAUGCUUCCCCCUGGAUAGACUUCCAACCCAUUGCAGACUUUCUGUUUGGCGUAUAGUAUGUGUGCCCCCAUGCCUUCCCCAGCAAAUCAGUGGUGAAAACCUGGAGGCAAGGGACUGGAGAUUCAAUCAGAUCGUGUAUUUCAGCCUAUCUUCAAGUUAUAAAUUGCAGCCUCAGUUUGCCUCGGGGCCUUGCGUGAAUGGGUGAAUAGAGUUAACUAUUUAACUUCCACUCUGUGUUAGUUGAAACUGGCUCCUCCUUGCUUUGUUAUCUGCAUUUUAAGAGAGAAAAGGAAUUUUCUUCUUUACAAUGCCAGAAGUAGACCAGGGUAUUGAAUAGCAAAGCCUAGUGGAGAUUAAGGAGUUAAACUCUCUCCUUUUCUGCAUGGUUCUGAGGCACAUUGAGGCCAUGCUAAGGUUGCCAUUUGCGUUGUGCAGACAGAGUGAGGUGCAUGAUCGUCAUUGCACCUGUUUUGCACACAGGAGCAUGCAGUAGUUGGGAUUGCUUGAGGAAAUAUUGACCAAAGUGUCUACCAGGGAUCACGAGGCAAAUUCAUAAUUUAGAAUUAAACAGAUGGGGAAGGCGGUAUAAUCUUGUUUUGCAUCAAUUUAGCUGCUAAAUACCACUUCCCCUACCCUUGAAUCCUGGGAACCAUAGUUUGAGGAAGUACUGAACAUUUUCUCAGCAUUUAAGCUCUCCUAAGCCAAAUGACGCCAAUGUUCUCGGAAUGAUUCGGCUUAGGGUAGCCCCUGCAAGGCUGGCGAUAGGGGAAGGAGGAGAGGAAAGGCACACAAGCUGGGGAAUGGUCUUUAAGCCAGAGCAGUUGUGGGGAAACUUCUGGUUCAUUUAAAGAAACACAACUUCUCCAUACAUGCAUGUGCCAGGCAUUACCAGAGGAAGGGGACAGAUCUCAGGAUAUGAUGCAACUAACAUCUGAUCCAGAUAUUGACUGAGCCUGGUCUACCCCUCACAGCAAAAUAACAUGGUAGAGUCAGGGUGAGAAAAGUGGCAACAUGUACCAUUUCAGACCCAGGUGGGGUUUCCAAUUCCAAGUUGGGAAAUGCCUGGAGAUUUUGGAGGAUGGAGCCUGAAGAAGAAGAGUUUGGGUUUACACCCCACCUUUCUCUCCUGUAAGUAAACUCAAG